UUAUUCACUAGACGUUUCAAUGAAUGUCUGCAAAUAAAAUGGCCGCCAAUUAUCUAUUUCAAUUAUACAACUCAGUGUAAGAAUUUUUACGGGAAGUACUCAUAAUUAAAUUGCAAUUGUGUUAUGUUAUUAUAUUUUUUGUGAUUAAUAUCAUUUGUAAAAUGCAUACGGAAUUUAAUAUCAAUAACCCACCAACUGACAUGGCGGAUUCAUAAUCAACCAAUCAGAAGCAAGAUUCAAGCGUUUCAAAAUUAUAGGUACUCACAUUUCGCGUCAUUUUGCUUUUUGGUGCCUUCAGAAAUUAAAAAUUGCGUGCUGAUGCUGUAAUUAUUUGUGAUGAUAAAAAUUCGAAUUAUGCUACGAAAAAUGUUAUAAUUAUCGUUUUUGUGACUUAAAACACAUUUCAAACGUGCAAUCUCAUAUAAGGCUAUGAAUAAGGAUCCUUUCAAUCUAUGAUGAAUAUACAUUCAAAUAAAGACUAAUAUUUUGUUAUUGUAAACAAGAUUAUGUUUGCGAUACACGUGCAAAUUGUGGACAAUUGACAGUUGUUAUGAUGUCAGGAAGGGGGGCAAAAAAACGCGGACGUCCCCCAAAAUCGGGAAACUUUGAAAAAAGUAGAAAAUUCCAAUAUCAUCUGUUAAAAAAACCAAAAUAUUUACAAGCGCAAAAUAUAUCGACAGGAUCAUUGACUAGUACACCUUCAGCCUCUAGGGCAUCAUCGCCACAAGGAAGUGAUACUAGUAAACGCAGUACACGGAAACAAAGGGGUAAGACACAUAAAAGCAGAAAAGGAGGGUUAUCAAAUUCAUAUUCAAGAAGAGGAUACAACCCCCAAGCUGCUGACUAUCACGAAUCUGAAUAUCACUAUGGCUCUGACUUUGGUGAUGAAUCCAGUGAUAGAUCAGAACAAGAAGAUGAUCAUGUUAGUGAAAGCUCUGAUGGGUCUGUCAGUGAUGGUGCUGCAAGUGAUAGUGCUUUUUCUGUUAGCAGCUUCAAUUCUAAUGUUGGAACUCCCCGAAAGGUAUCCACAAACUAUACUAGACCACCAAGCCCUGAGCCUCUUUGGCUGCAGGAAAGACAUAUACCCUACCUAGAACUCCCUCCAUCUUCUGAUGACUUGAUAAUGCCUCAAAACUUAGUGCUACAGGUUGUUGGUAUAUAUGAGGUCUUGCGCCAUUUCAGACAUCUAGUAAGAUUGUCACCAUUUAGAUUAGAAGACUUAUGUGCAGCAUUAAGUUGUGAAGACCAAAGCAGUUUACUUACUGAAGUCCAUAUAAUGUUGUUGAAAGCAUUAUUAAGAGAAGAAGAUGCACAACAAACACAUUUUGGUCCUCUGGACCAUAAGGACAGUGUUAACAUAACUCUCUUUUUGUUGGAUGCAAUGACAUGGCCUGAAAUUUUAAGAGUUUAUGUGGAUAGUGACAAAAUGUUUGGCCAAAAUGUUUCCAGAAUAUUAAAUUCAUGUGAAUAUCCAUUUACUAGUGUUGAAGACAGACUUACAGUACUUCAAUUUCUGUGUAAUCAAUUUCUUAUCACAAAUCCAGUGAGAGAUGAUCUAAUAAGUGAAGCUCCUAUACAUUAUGAUGACCACUGUCGGGUUUGCCACAGGCUUGGUGAUCUAUUAUGCUGCGAAACUUGUCCAGCGGUAUAUCAUCUUGAAUGUGUUGAUCCACCGUUAGAAGAUGUACCUUCAGAAGAUUGGCAAUGUGCACUUUGUAAGCAACAUAAAACUGUUGGAGUAACUGAUUGCUUAUCUGAUGCUGAGAAACAGGGACUCUUGUGUCGCCAUGAACAUUUGGGUUUUGACAGGCAUGGCAGAAAAUAUUGGUUCAUUGCAAGAAGAAUUUUUAUUGAGUCUGAAAGUGGUGAAGUCUGGUAUUACACAACAUCUCAACAAUUACAAGAACUAUUAAAUGUAUUAGAUGGUAAAGAAAUGGAAGCACCUUUGGUUCGUGAAUUAUUGGAAAUGAAGCAAGAAAUUAUAAGGCAAAUGGAUAUCACAGAGAAAUUUACAAAUCAGGUUAAAGGCAAUAGGAAGUCUUACUUGGAAGUACAGAAUACUAAUAUUAUAAAGCAAAGAAAAUUGGAAGAAAAUAGAAGAUCUGGAGGUUACAUGGAAGAAAAACUCGACAAUGACUUUUCAAUUAUUUCUGAUAAAGAUGGUGCUUCCGAAGUUACAAUGGGCAAUGAAGAAAAGACAAGUAAAGAUUAUGACGAAACUAUCGAGGAUGAGUCAAAACCAAAAAAUAAAUGUAAAUCUAUAUCAUUAAGUAAGAAGGAAGAAGUUUCAGAUAGAGUAACUAGACACAAAUUGAAUCAAAUAUCCAAUGGGACUUACUUGUUUAAGUUGGGCAAUGAGAACACCUUCAAAACUUAUGUGAAUCAGUAUACCUCAAAUCCAUUGGCUUUAAAUAAACCACAAAGAAAUGAAGAAAGAGAUAAAAAACGUUAUAUUUCACAUAAAUUUUCAUUGUCAUCAGCUCAAGAAUUCAAAUGGAUGAAUUUAUUGAAUGCUACAAAGCCAUUCCUUAUUGCAACAUUAAGACAGACCCUACUGCAGUUGGAGACAAGUAUUGUCAUACAAUUCAUGCAUCCAAAUUGGAAUCUUCUACGAAAACCCUGGGUACAGGCUGUGCAGCUCUGCCAAGCGCCAAAGGAUUUCUCAAGAGCUCUAUGUGUAUUGCAAGCGUGCAUUAAAAGUGCUGUGUGGGUACCAGCCUGGCAUGAACAGCUGGGACAUGUUCAUCUCAUUCGCACCACUGCAGCAGACCGUGAAGAGCGUAAGAAGCUGGAUAAGAGGGAGAAAAAAGAAAGAGAUGAAGAAGAGGAGAGAAAUAGAACUGCAUUCAAUUUUGUAAAAUACUCAUUAGGCUUACGUCAUCAGGUGUGGAAACAAAAAGGUGAAGAGUAUAGGAUUCAUGGACAGUGGGGUUGGCUAUGGAACUCAAUCACAAGAAAAUGGAAAAAACUGAACACAUCAAAUAAAUUAAGCUUGUGUAAUGGACCUGCCAAAAUAGCAGUGAGAGUUAGAGAGGGAAAUACAAUUAAAGUGCUGGCUGUAGAACCAAAAACAUAUGAAUAUUUGACAUCCAAUGACACGAAUGAUCCAGAUGCAAUAUCAAAGUUACCACCAUCAAUCCAAAACAUGAAACUAGAAACAGAAAUAGAUGAUAUUGAGGAACUUGAUGUAGAAAAAGCAUUGAGUUCAUCAACAAGAAGAUAUUAUCCAAAAAUAGCAAGAAAAUCAAAAUUAGAUGAUUUACUUUCAAGAAGGACAUAUUUAAAAUUACUGGAGGAAAAAAAAUUAGGAAAUUUACUAAACAAUGUUAAAAAAGAAGAAUGUAAUAUAAAAAGCGAAGAAGAAGAAAAUAUUGAUGUUGAAACUCACGAUUCUUCAGACACAUCUGCAAUGUGCAGCAGUGAUGGUAAAAAAGAUAAUUAUUUAUAUUUACAGAACAAAAAUAUUGAUGUGCUUAGAGAAAAUUAUUUGAAACUUAGCAAUCUAACAAGGCAUUAUAAAUGCUAUUCAAAAGACUGUAAUAAUUUAGAGGCUGUUGUUCUUAAGGACAAUAUCAAGCUUAAUUGCUAUUCACCUUUAUGUAUAGAAAAGGAGCAUAUGUUAAAUAAACUUUUAGCAUUAUUAAAAUCUGAAGCUGCAAACAAUACAAAUUUACAGUCAAGUGAUAGUAAUAAACUAUCAAUAUUAGAACAAUACCUUAUGGGUAAAAGAUCUAAUUCUAACGAAAACAUUUUAACUGAUCUGCUGUCAGCAGUAGUAUGUGCUCAAGAAUGUGAUAAUAAAAAGGUGGAAACUUUCGUUAAGCGGAGAUCAAAUGAGUUUGAGGCUCAACAUAAAUUGGAAAAUAAUGAAGAUGAAUGUUUCCUCAAAAAUGAAACUACAUUAGAAGAAAGUGCAAUUCCUGCAGUUGGAAAUGAAAUGGAUAUAGAUAUAGGAAAUAACAACAUUGAGGAUAAUGAAGUUGAGAUAGGUCCAUUGAAAGAAUUAACUGAUAAUGAUAAUGCUGAUAAAGAUAGCCAAGAAAUACGUCCACCAAUUCCAAAGCUUAAAAUCACUAGAGGAAAAUCAGUGAAGUUAAAUAAAGAGUCAAAGAACUAUGAAUGUUCUGUAAAAACAGAAAAAAAUGAGGCACCUCAAUAUCGUGCAUUAGUUAAUAGAAGAUUUGGUGGUAACAAAACAAUGAAAAAAGAAGACAGAACUAUUAAAGAAGAAGUAAAAGAGGAAGGAAUUGUACGAAUUUAUUCAAAUCCUGAUGCUAGAGGAAAAAUUUAUUUAAAAAAAGUGAAAUCUGUUUCAGUUGAGAGUAAAAAGAAAAGAACUGCUGUUAAGUACCCAUUAUGCUCCACAUUUCAUACUAAAAGUAAAGCAAAAACAAUAUUGGUGUUGCCAGAUCAUGAGUUAAAAAAGCUUUGCAGACAAGCAGGUCACAGUACAGUUCCUGGAUUCAGCCAAAGUGCCAAACCGAAUCAACUAGUUUGGCCAUAUCCUUGUGCCAGGCCUUUAUUUAAGACUUGUUGGUUGUAUCGAACAGUAAACUUGCAAUGGUUUUCAAGUGCAGCUCUUCAGUUGAGAGUUAUGUGGGCAUCUUUACGAUGGGAUGAUAUGGCAGCCAAGGCUGCUACUGCUGAUGGUAAGCAUCAGCUUACAACUGACACUGAAAUUGUAUCCCUUGAGUUGCUGAAACAUAGACAUAUUGGUCAGUUUUCUGAUAGGACACAAUACCUAAGAAGGAAGGUUGUGAUACCUCUAGAACUACCUAAAACUGUACGAGAAGUAACUUCUAUUCGCAGUGGCUUACGGAAGAGAAAACGUGCGGAGUCACCACAAAAUACUGAACCCCAGGUUUCAGAGGAAUGGGUUGAUGAAGAUAAACUAGAGUUAUGGGAAGUGCGGCAGUACGGCGAAAGGGCUGAUCGUAUUACGCCUGUUACUCGGACUACAACUGGGAAACUUCCAACACGCAAUAUUGCACCAACACCUACUAAUCCUUCAGAGCUAAAAGACAAAAUGGAGCAACAGCUAAAGGAGCAACGAGCAGCACAUCAACAGAAGAGGGCACAUGAAAUGUCUCAAGAUUCAGUUAAAUCCACCCCCAAUUCUGGCAAAAGUACAUUAACAUCACUGCUAACAACAAAUACUCCUACAACAGGGAAUCAGAAAACUGUUAUAGGUACACGAAGAAUAAUUAUGACGAAAGGUGCUGAUGGUAAAACAAGAGUCAUUAGUAGUCAACCGGUAACAAAUGCCAAGACAGAGAGCACAGUCAAAGCUGGGACUACCCAGAAAGAUGGGCCUCAAAGAGUACAAAUAAUACGAGCACCAGAUGGAAAAUUAACAAUCAAAGGUCUCCUACCUGGACAACAGUUGCUACAAUUGCCUGAUGGAAAAUUACAUGUUGCAUCAGCAGGGCAAACAGGUCUUCCAGGGCAAGUUAUAGCAAGCAUACCUGCAAAGUCCACGGAAAUAGAUAAAAAUGAUAAUGAAAAAAUGACAGUGAAAAUUAGCCAAGAAGAUAAUAAAAUAAUAUCGAGUCGCGUAACGACACAGUCACAAGUGAGCACGCCAACAGGAAGGCAUAUUGUCGUGCAGCCCGCUACCCAGCAGGUGGUAAUGCAAACACCGCAGCAAGUGAUGGUUCAGUCGCCGCAUCAAAUGGUUGUUCAGGCGGGCGGCCGGGCGCCCGGGCCGCGGGUUCAAGCCGUGCUGCUGCAGGGCCAGCUGCUGCAGCGAGCGGCCGCCCCGCCCUCCGUGGCGCGGCCCCGCCCCGCCUCGCAGCAGAUAUUGGUCAACAACUCGGCCCUGGCGCAGCAGAUCGCCGCCGGCAAGGUGCACCUGGCCACCGUGAACGGGCAGCAGGUGCUGAUCCGGCCCACGGGCCACAACCAGGCGCAGAUCGUGGCGCACAUCGGACAGAGCCCCGUGAGUGCGCCGCAGCCGCCGCCCCCGCAGCCCUCCCCCGCCCCCGCUGUGAUCCGGCCGCCCGCGCUGGCUCCGGCCACGCCCACCCUGGCGCCCGCUGCGCAGCAACUGACGGAAGACCAACUUGUCGAGAAGCGGUUGUUGGCGGGACAACCACCCGGAACUGUCAUCAAAGCAGUUACUGCACAGGUUAUGCAGACUAGUAGUGGCCCAAGUAUAGUAUUGCAAGGUCUACACGGAUACAACCUAACACCACAACAGCUAGGAUUAGUGCAACAUCAAGUAAAGCAACAACUUUUAAAAGCACAAGAAUCGACGGGUAACCAAGGAAUGUUGGGACCUCGUAAGAUGUAUCUGGCAGUGCAGCCAUCCCCGGGAGCAGCCCAGCCCAUUCAGACUAUACACACGUUGCCCGUACCGGCGCCGAUGCCACAGGAAGUAAAUGAAGAAGAGAGGUUAAAAUGUUUUGUUAACGGUGAAGAUAAGGUCGCCGUAGCUAGUAACAAAGAGGCGAUACCAUCAAAGCCCGAGGAUAUUCAAGGAAACAAUACUAAAACUGAUAUUGUUAAUGCUGUUCGAGAUGCCAAAAAAUUUGUACUUACACCCGACUACAUCCAACAAACUAUCAAGAGUGCCUUGAAGCAAGAGAACUUAAAUCCGGAGAUCGAGGAGAAGCUGAUACAGCUGCAGCGGUACCAGGAGAAGCAGAUGAAGCCGGAGGGUGUGGUGGAGCGGGAGAAGGAGAGGGAGAGGGAGCGAGAGACGCGCGUGGUGGAGGCGAUUGUGGAGCAGCCCUCGCCCGCGCCGUCCCCGCCGCCGGCGCCGCGUCGGCGACCCGCGCCGCGCCGCGACGACGACGACGAGUGGAUCGAGAGCAGCCCCCGCAAGAGGUCCCGCGCGCGCCCCGCCUCGCCGCCCCCGCAGCCCGCCCCCGCGGCGCAGGCCGCCCCCGCGCCGCCCGCCGCCCCCUCCGCGCGCCCCGCGCCCGCGCCCCCCGCCGGCCCCGCCCCCAGCGCGCUCGACGAGCGGCGCCGCGCCGCCUCCACCAACUCGCGCCUCCAGAUGAUAUUGUUCAAACACAAGGAGCUGCUCAAGAAGGACAUCAUCAAGAAACGCGGUCUUCUAGAGAAGGAGCUCGGCAUCGAAAUACAAAAGGAGCUCUCAGCGGAGCUGGCAGUGAGAACCCGAGCUGAGCGCAGCAAGCAGGAGGAAGUGAGAGGCAAGCGUCGCACCACGUCCGCCAACCGGGACUCCACUCCCCGGACCAAAAAAACCAAUAAGAAGGAGAAACUACUCUGUCUCUGUCGGACUCCCUAUGAUGAUACUAAGUUUUACGUUGGCUGUGAGCACUGCAGUAACUGGUUCCACGGCGACUGUGUCGGUGUGACGGAAGAGAUGAGCAAGACCAUGGAGGAGUACGUGUGUGCUGAUUGUAAGAGGGCCGAGGAGACACAGGAACUGUACUGUCUGUGUCGACAGCCCUACGAUAACUCACAGUUCUACAUAUGUUGUGAUCGAUGCCAGGAUUGGUUCCACGGUCGCUGUGUGGGCAUCUUGCAGUCAGAAGCAGACAAUAUUGAUGACUACAUUUGUCCAAACUGUCAAAAGAACAGUUCAGUCAACUUUGCAAACAUGAAAGAGCUCACACAAAAGGAUUAUGAAAAUCUCAAAAGGCUUGUCAAACAAAUACAAUUACACAAGAACGCGUGGCCUUUCAUCGAGCCUGUCGAUCCCAGGGAGGCUCCCACCUACUACAAAAUAAUUAAAGAACCAAUGGAUUUACAAACUGUGGAAAGAAAAGUGAAUGAUCAAACGUACAGUACUUUGAGUGAGUUUAUUGGUGAUAUGACUAAGAUAUUUGACAACUGUCGAUAUUUCAAUCCUAAAGACUCUGAGUUUUAUCGGUGUGCGGACAGUCUAGAAGGAUUUUUUGCACAAAAAAUUAAGUACUUUCGUGAAAAAUUGAUGGAAACAUAAUAAUGAAGUGAAUGUGUGUUUGACAGUUGGGACAGCAUGUUGCUGACAGUGAGUGUUUUGUGAAAACAAUAUUGUUGUAUAUUAUUUUAGUUAAUAUGAUACGUUUGAUCUGUAAAUUGUAAAAUUAAUUUACAAGAGCUAGUUAUUUGUAAAAAAUGUCCCUGAAAAACUAUUUGUUAUGUCAGCAAAACUCAUAUUAGGUAUUUAUUCUAUUUUGUAUAUUAAUGCUUUUUACAAACGACUUCUGAGCUUCGUCUGAUAAGGCUCUGUGCCUAAGAAUAUUAUGUACACAUUUUUCUUAAGAAAAAAAAAAUAUUAUGUUAGCUGACUAAAUGAGUUACUUCAGUAGUGUUUAGUUAUAUUAUAUAUUACUAAGGUAAACCUAUUGUAUGUAAGAAAUAAAUUUGUAAUAAUAUACAUAA